AUGCCGCCGUGUGAGCAGCUCUUCCAGUGUCAGACGUGCCAGCUGCGAUUCAAGGAGUCCUCUCAGCUGCUGCAACACCCAUGCACCCCGGCCGGAGAGCGACCUUUCCGCUGUAGUGUUUGUCAGAAAACCUUCCGCCGGCCGUCCGACCUGAGGCAGCACGAGCGCACGCACAGCGAGGAGCGUCCCUUUCAUUGCGACCUGUGCCAGAUGAGCUUCAAGCAGCAGUACGCGCUCAUGAGACAUCGACGCACGCAUGGAGCAGAGAGCAUCUUUAAAUGCAACGCCUGCCAGCGGGGUUUUAGCCAAUCUCAGGAGCUCCUGCGACACAAAUGCGGCCAGAGCGUCUCGGAGCGGCCCUUCCAGUGCAGCGUGUGCCACAAGACUUACAAACGCUCCUCCGCUCUGCAGAAGCACCAGGCGGCUCAUUGCUCAGAGAAGCCGCUGCGCUGUACGGCGUGCGAACGCCGCUUCUUCUCCUCGUCAGAGUUUGUGCAGCAUCGUUGCGACCCAGCCAGGGACAAACCACUGAAAUGUUCGGACUGCGAGAAACGCUUUAAAUACGCUUCAGACCUGCAACGACAUCGACGGGUACAUACGGGCGAGAAGCCCUACAAGUGCCCGUCGUGCGACAAGAGCUUCAAGCAGCGGGAACAUCUCAACAAACACCAAAGUGUCCACAACCGAGAGCAGCAGUACAAGUGUCUAUGGUGCGGCGAACGAUUCCAUGAGCUGACCCAACUGCAGGAGCAUAGCACCCAACACACCACCGAAGGGGCCUUCCAGGUGGCUGGGUGUCUCCCUUAA